CGGCAUGGUAUAUUUUAACAGUCGAGAAGCGGUCACACUGCUUGUUCUAAUAAAAACCAAAACAAUCUUAAAAAUCGGCGUAAAUUAAGUAAAUCACCGCUUUCAAAAUGACCCAGGACAUGCUGCUUGGCAACGAGGAGCCGAGCAAGAGCAAGGAGACGUUCCUGGAGAAGUUCUGCGUCCUGGCGAAGUCGGCCGAAGGAGUCGCCUUGCUGGACGUGAUUCGCCAGGCCCUGGAAGCCCCAAAUGUCUUUGUUUUUGGCGAGCUACUGGCGGAGCCAUCCGUAUCGCAGCUGAAAGACGGCCCGAAUGUCAAGCACUUCGAGACGCUGAACCUAUUCGCCUACGGAACCUACAAGGAAUUCCGCGCUCAGCCGGAAAAAUACAUCGAAUUGAGUCCCGCCAUGCAGAAAAAGCUGCAGCACCUGACCAUCGUCUCACUGGCCAUCAAGGCCAAGAGCAUUCCCUACGACCUGCUGCUCAGCGAACUGGAGAUAGACAACGUCCGUCACCUGGAGGACAUCAUUAUUGAGGCCAUCUACGCAGACAUCAUCCACGGAAAGUUGUUCCAGAACACACGCAUUCUGGAGGUGGAAUACGCCCAGGGUCGCGACAUUCCGCCAGGAUACACUGGCCAGAUCGUGGAAACCCUCCAGGCCUGGGUCAACUCCUGCGACAGCGUCUCCAACUGCAUCGAAAUGCAGAUCAAGUACGCCAACGCCGAGAAAUCCAAGAGACUAUUGAACAAGGAGCGCGUGGAACAAGAUCUCAUUAAUUUGAAGAAGGUGCUAAAGAGCCAGACUUCGGACAGUGAUGAGAGCAUGCAAAUCGACACGCAUGGACCGGGAACAAGCGGCGGAUUGGGUCAAUCGGAGCUGCGCAAGAAGCCCUCCAAGCUGAGGAAUCCACGCAGCGCGGCAGUUGGCCUGAAGUUCAGCAAGUGAGAUGACGCCAGGCGUCGCUCAAGGUCGCACGCAACGCCACGCGGCACUUGAGGUGCAAAGUCCGCCCGACUGCCGGAGGAACUCUUUUCACAGAAGAUUUUACUUCGAUUCGCCAAAACAAAUGCCGGCUGUCCUCGUAAUGGAUUCCAUAAUUAGCAUCAAAUUGAUCACCAUUUAAUAACAAAUACAAAACCUGUAAUAAUAGAAACCUAUACAUCAAAACGCAAA